CCGAAGCCAACCGGCGUCUUAGGGGCAGUAAAUAAACCCCUAUCUGCAACGGGAAGAAGGCCAUAUAUUCGAAACACAGGAUCAGAAACUGGAAAUAAUAAUAGCGUAAAUUCCGAGUUGAAUUCUCCAAUAGAAAACAGAACAAGCAGAGAGCCGAGCUCAGAUCUAUCGGAGACGGGGGUCAGUGAAAAUGAUGAAAAUCCCGUGAGAAUUAUUUCAGUCACUCCAACCAAAAUGGAACCUGUGAAGAACAAGGAGAUUAAUUCUGACCAGGCGCCCCAAGAAAAUGUCAGUGCCGAUCGGGGCAAAAAAAGAAUCACGACAGCAGCCGGAACGGAGAAUUUCCAUCAAAAAGCAGAAGAGAAGAAAACGGACGAAACGGGUCAGCCAGCUCCUCCCAAACCCCGUCGAGGACGUCCCCCCAAGUCCGAAUCUCAGGGCGCCACCACGAAAAGUGCCGAAAUGAGUAAAUCCUCCGGACGAGGACGGAAAAGGGCGGCCCCCGCACAAGAAGGUCCGGGCGGACUGGAGGCAAGCAAUGCCAAGGCACCAAAGCAGCAAGAGGCCACAAAGAAAACAGCACCAGCACAGAGGCAGAUUGACCUGCAAAGCAUGUGCUCUUCUCCUUUGCAUGGAAGAUGGCAGCUGGAAUGGCCCCACUUCCCUUCUCUUGGGACACCCAUACUUUUUAAUAAAAAGUCCUCCUGAGUGGGGAGUUACACUUGCAAAGUGAUAGGUUGGAGGGAGGUGCCUGAAAUGAUUCAAAUCGAGCACUCCUCCCAAGCGUAAGGCUUGAAUACUGACCGCAAGGUAAAGAUAGAGGAGGUGCCUACCUCGCCUAGAGGGGUGUCCUUAGGUUUAUGUGUACACCCAAAACUGACAGGAACACGUGUCUCCCAUCGGGAAGGUUGCUGGAAGCCUGGAUUUAGGCAUGUGAACACCUGCUUUAGCCGGGAAUGAAAAAGCAAAAUGCACAGGAUUUAUGUAAAAGAAAAUGGACUAAAAUAUGGGAGGAUGCUAUAGUAAUUUAAUUCAAUUUGAGAAAACAAAGGCACUUUCAACUGUAAUGAAAGAUAAAAUAAAGAAGCCUUAAAAGAGCUUGAAAAGUUCUUUUGGGGGAAAAAAACGCUUUUCUUAAAAAGUUGUUAUUGGGGCUAUGAAUGUUUCUCGUUUAAAUUGAGAUUAUUUUACCAUCAUUAUAUAUGUUUGGGUAUUGUAAUGUUAUGUUUAAAGGAAGAAAAGUUAAAAAGGUGAUUUAAUGAUGCUGUUUUGAUGAGCUAUAAGAAUCAUUUACCUAUGUUUACCAGCCAGAGGCUGAGAGGGAGACUCUUUAAUCCCUCUCCUUUCUGCUGCCCUUCUGACACUUUUGCAACUACUAAACAUUUCUUCCCUCUAAACCUCUUUAUGAAAACUUACUGUUUUUCUAAUCACAGAUGCUAAUUAAGGGGAAGAAAUUGCAAACCCACAAUCCAGGAAAAGCCCGUUUCCCAACUCCAUCAUAUUGAUGGAGUUUUUGUGUUUGUCUUUGUGUUUGUAAACUGCAUUAUAUGAGAUGAGGGAAAUGUAUGGAUAAACAUAGCUACCACCUUUACAGCUGUGAUUUUCAUAAAUGUAUAUGGUUGUAAGAAAGUGAAUGAUUUAUAGCUCUUUCGUGGAAAGGGGAGUUUAAGAAACAGCUGAGAUGAAAAAGGAAGGGAAAGCUUAUACUGCAUGUGAACAGAAAGAAGAUAGUUUUAAGAAAUGUGAUUCAGAAGAUCUGAAGCCAGCAUAUGGUGUGUAGCAAAAUUUAAGUGAUUUUGGCAUUUUAAUCUGGAUAUACCCAUAAUAAAGCCUUUGGAACUACAAA